AUGAGCGCUACUUUAAGGAUCCUGGUGCUCCAAGUGAUCAUCUCUUGGGCUGGCGCUACUGAAUACCAGUUAAUAUUGGACGAAGACGGCCAUCUUGCCCCAUGCGAACAUCAUCCGGGAAAUCCUUCCAACUUCGAUGCAAUGGUGGAUAUGACCACCGUCAAUGUAACCAACUCCGGAAACAAAAUGGCAGUAGAAGGACAACAAUCUGUCAUAUGGAAAGAUGUCCAGCCUGGGGACAACAUAAAGAUUUCUGUCCAAAUCCUUCGCAUGGAGAAGGGCUCCUGGCAGAAGACUAUGUUCGGCACCAGCAGUAAUAACUUUUGUAAGAACAUGUUCGAUAAGAAUCAGAUGUGGUAUCAGUUCUGGACUAAGUAUAUUACGAAUUCCGAUGAGAUCAAAAGCAAGUGCUUAAACACACCGGGCGCCGUCAUAAAAUAUCAACCUUACGAAAUAGAACUGAGGGCCAAUCUGAAUGUUCCCAAUCUGGAUGGGCGCUACAAGGUGGUACUGCUGAUCGAGGCAUUUGAUAAGCGCAAUGUGAAGCGCCCAGUUUCCAUUUGCACUGAGUUCCGCGGCAACGCAUUGAAGGUCUAAUCGGGACAAUUAUAUAUGCAUGCUGAACAUACAGCGAAACACCAUUAAAGUUUUUAAUCGUGAA